AUGGACGAAGAAGCUUCUUUCUCGGCGCUGCUCUCCUCCACCGCAGCUCCCUCCAAACCAUCAUGGGACAGCCCGACCGUACCCAGCGCAGCAGAUGAUCCAUGGGCCAACCCAUUCUCAGAUAGCACACCGUCAUUCUCGUCUACUAUCUUACCUCCCCCUCCCCCUCAACAAGAUACAAGACCAUUCGGUACACCUGAUUCCCCCAGAGAAGAAAUAUCACCUUAUGUACAGAAGAUCAACGAAGAUUCAAUUGGUAAAUUGCCUGAUCCACCUUCUGUCAUAGCAGCGAGGGAACAACAACAGCAGCAAAAUGAUAUUCAAGGGGUAUAUGCAAGUAGUUCUUUCAAUACACCGACUUUACCAGAACCCCACAUAAACCCAUUUGAACCUUCUUCCAAUCCAUUUGGCCACUCUGAUCCUGCCAAUCAACCUUUCUUCCCUCCGCAGCCUCUCCAUGAUGAUCAUCUACCAAGUACUGUUCAACCUACUCAACCUCAGCCGAAGAUCAAGGGAUUACCCUCAUCCCUCAUAGAUGAGGAUUUGAUGGCUGAAUCUGAUCCGGAACAAUCGUUAAAGAAAGCUUUUGUGAAGUCUACGCCCGCACCUCGGACUAGCUCGCCUGCCUCUGCUAUUAAGGUGGAAAAGAAGACUUAUGUGUUUACUCCUAAUGUUUCGAAGAAACAUGCCAAAGAGGAGAAGAAGGAAGGGAACGUAGUCAAACAUAAGGAGGAGAAGGAGAACAGAUCGAAGGAUGCAGAAAAGCUUGAGGAGAAGAAGGUUGAAGUGGAAAGUAAAGACGAUGAUGGGAUUUCGCAGGCCAAGACAGAUGAAUCAAAGCCAUCCGUCGAAGAGGCGGAAGAUCCCUCUCACGAGACAGCAACUCCUACUAGAACGUCCCCCUCCUCCCCGAACAAAGAUAAUACACCUACUACACCUACGAUCAAAUCUCCCACAUUGAUACCUUUACCACAAUCUACUGCGGCUACACCUACAAUCUCACGAGUCCCAACACCCCUCCCACCUGCAAAUAACAACAUCACGGAUACGUCUUCGGUGUUGGCUACUCCUUCGACUGAUAGGGUUUCGGUCUCUCCUCUAGAUGCACCGACAUCAGUAGAGUCCGCAGAGGAAGACUAUGGUUUCAAAUCACUUUCUAUCGGUGGCUCGGCUCCUGCUCCUCCCGUACCGGAAAAAGAAUGGGGUGCGGCCUCCGCCUCAGAAGUGGUUAGCCCUCCAUCCUCGAGGUUUGGUGGAAAGGGAUGGGGAGUACUAGAUGAUGAUCAUGAAGACGGGCUAUUUGGUAAAGGUGGACCUAGCCUGGUCAGUGCAACGACUAGAUCCGAUAUGUGGGGUAACAAUGAUGAGCAUACCAGUGGCUGGGGCGAGACUUCGAUGGAAGAUGCUUUGGCUUCAGCUGGACCAUCUAACGGUUUUGCCUCUCCAUCGAGAUUGAAUACUUCCCUAUCAAAUUCAACCAACGGCGGUCAGGAACCGGUCUCUCCAGGUGACGACGGGAGUAUAUCAACACCGACUACCUCACCUCGUCGUAAAAUAUCUACUCUACCAGUAUUUCAAAUAACCGUCAGUGAUCCUACCAAAGUAGGUGAUCCUGUACGUGGAUAUACAGUAUACACUGUACGGACAUCAACCACCUCACCUCAUUAUCGGAAAGGCAAUUUCUCAGUCUUACGAAGAUUCUCCGAUUUCCUAUGGUUAUCUGAGAUUCUAACUUCAAAUAAUCCAUGUAUAAUCAUACCUCCUAUGCCAGGUAAACAUACCUUCGGCAGAUUCCAAGACCAAUUCAUAGAAACUCGUCGUUCGGCACUCCAACAAUUCCUCUUAAAAAUUACUUCUCAUCCCGUUCUUCAACUUGACCCGGAUUUGAGGCUGUUCUUAGAAAGUGAUUCGUUCAGUGUUGAUUCGAAAAAUAGGAAACAGGAGAUAGUAGCUAAUGAGAAAUAUCAACAACUUCAAAAUGCUAGUACUGGAUCUACCGGUGGGAUAUUAGGUGGAUUGACUGGAAUGGGGUUAGGAAUGAAGUUUAAUGAAUUUGACGAUUGGUUCGAAUCGAGGAAUAAUUUCUUGAAUACUUUGGAAAAUCAAUUAAAACAACUAAGCAAGUCAAUCGAACAAUCUUCAAAACAGAAAUUAGAAUUAUCACAAUCAAUCUUGGAAUUUUCCGAAUCAUUAACUGCAUUGUCUGAAAGUGAUUUGGGUAUAUCCCUUUCGACAAGUUUAGCGAAUUUAGCUGGAAUAGCUGAAAGGGAAAAGAAUUUGUAUGAGAAUCAAGCGAAAUUGGAAGUUAUCAAAUUGUUGAAUCUGGCAGAAGAGUAUAUUAGGUUCAUACAGAGUGUGAGGGUGGCCUUUGGAGGUCGUAUCAAAGCAUGGAAUGUAUGGCAGUUUUCAGAAAGGGAAUUGACGAGGUUGAAAUCGACAAGAGAGAAAUUGAGGAAUCAAGGGAAAUUGGGAGAUAGAGUCAAUCAGUCUUUGGCUGAGAUUGCAGAGGCCGAAAGAACGGUUCGUGAACAACAUUCAAAUUUCGAACAUCUCAGUCGACUGGUCAAAUCGGAAUUUGUAAGGUUCGAAAAAGAACGUAUUGAAGAAUUCAAGAAUACUUUGGAAAGUUAUUUGAAUGAUUUGAUUGAUGAUCAAAAAGAUUUGAUAGAGCAAUGGGAAGGGUUUCAUAAGAGUUUGCUGAGCAUUGUUGAGAAGAGUAAUCAGAAGAAUGCAGGUGGUGUUAAUGGAAAUGGGAUUUGA